CCUCGGCCAGCACAAACAAGGCCUAAAAAGCUUUUGUUGCUUUCUGCUUAAUGGAAGGUCCUUAACUUCUCUCUCCUCUUUCUCUCUCUUCCUACUCUCUCUUCUUUCCCUCUCUCUCUAUUUCUCUCUUUCUCUCUCCUCUGUGUGCUUGCAUUUUCCAGCUUCGGAUUUUCGAAAAAGCUUGGUCACCGUUCUCUUCCUUUGUCUGAUCCACAAAAGCUCCAGUUUUGAUUAGUAAAGUCUGAUGUCUCCACCACUGCUGGGUGGUGAAGAGGAAGGGCACAGUUCUCUGGUGGCUUCCUCACCCACUAUUGAUUGUAUCUCCCAAAAUGGCUCGGGAUUAAAAGAGUGGAAUUACCUGGGAUUGUCAGAUUGUUCUUCAGUCGACAGCUCUGCAGUAUCGAGCUUGUCCGAGGAGAACAAGAACAAUCUGAAUUUUAAGGCUACAGAAUUGAGGCUUGGUCUUCCUGGAUCCCAGUCACCAGAACGGGAACCUGAGCUUUCUUUGCUGGGCUCCAGUAAACUUGAUGAGAAGCAACUGUUUCCUUUACUUCCUUCCAAAGAUGGGAUCUGCUCCUCGUCGCAGAAGAAUGUUGUUUUGGGCAACAAAAGAGGGUUCUCUGAUACAAUGGAUGGAUUCUCGGAGGUGAAAACUUCAGUGUAUGGCGAAGGAAACUGGAGGUAUACAGCUGGUUCUGAUCCCGAUUCUCCACAAUCGGUGGCACAAGGGAAGAUAAAUAUGAUGCUACCAUCAAGGGCCUCCGCUACCCAGCCAGCCAUAAUGAAAGAGGUGCCUGCAAAGGGGUUACAAGAAAGAUCUCGUGCUACUAAUGGAGUCAACCAUAACCACGUUGGCGCUUCUAACAACAGUCCUCCAGCUGCAAAGACACAAGUUGUUGGUUGGCCUCCAAUACGAUCAUUUAGGAAGAAUUCACUGGCCACCACUUCGAAGAACAAUGAGGAAGUUGAUGGGAAACCAAGUCCUGGCGCUCUUUUCAUCAAGGUUAGCAUGGAUGGUGCUCCCUAUCUGAGGAAGGUAGAUCUGAGAACUUAUGCUACAUAUCAAGAGCUGUCUUCUGCACUUGAAAAGAUGUUCAGCUGUUUUACAAUAGGCCAGUGUGGAUCCCAUGGAGCUCCAGGCAAGGAAAAAAUGAGUGAAAGUAAGCUAAGGGAUCUCCUUCAUGGUUCUGAAUACGUGCUUACAUAUGAGGACAAGGAUGGUGAUUGGAUGCUUGUUGGUGAUGUUCCUUGGGAGAUGUUUAUUGAUUCAUGCAAGAAAUUGAAGAUCAUGAAGGGAUCAGAUGCAAUUGGCUUAGCUCCAAGGGCGGUGGAGAAAUCCCAAAACAGAAACUAGCCAGUGUCUGAAAGUUGACUGCUUUCUGGCUGCCAACUCCCAAAGUCAAACUCUGGAGGAGUGGGAAGUUUGAAACCAGCUGCAAAAAAGGUGCGUGUGAAAAAGAGGGGAAAAGAAAAAAAAGCGACAGGGGAUUGCCUCAGCUAGACUGCAAAAUGAUGGUUCAUAUGCUUGUCUUGUCAUUAAGAAUUUAAGAUUAUGCUUUUGAUUUUACCCCCACAAAAAAAAAAGAAAAAAAAAAGUGUUGGUCUGAGUCUGAUUGUUACAGAACCUUGUGAAAGUCAUUAAGAUUAUUAUUAGUGUUUGUGGAGUUCACAAUCUUCUAUAGACAAAUUAAUUACUAAAGGCGUUUUGUAUCUGAUGAAUAUAUACAUCCGUGAAGAUUUGAAUAUUGUGCUUCUUCA